AUUGAAUUUGGACCUUGAAAUGGUUAGCGAUUUAACCUAAGCGGAUGGACGUCCGAGAUGUUUUGUCGUUUGCGGUAGACCUUACUGCUUACAUUAUAUAUUUAUUCAGUCACCAAGCCCACAGUUAAAGCGGUCUUUGAAACCUCCUCCUCCACCAUCUCUUCAACUUGAAGCAGAUGCGAAACGGCCUAAGGUCAGCGCUGAUCACAUAUCCGCGUUUUCUGACACUUCAUCCGAUGUUGGUGAUCUCGAAGAUUUUUCACGUCCUUUCAAUGCACCGGAUUCGUGGGAUUCGGAAACAAACAAUGGGUUUACUACUGUUGGAGCAAAUGAAGUGACCGAGACCACUGUCCGUCGACUUACCGUUCUUCUUGAAAAACGUGCUCUAAGCAACCAGGAAGCUCGAACUAAGUUCCCUGACCAACCUAAGCGUUUUAUGCAAUCAGAAUUGGAACUACAAGAAACACUAGAGGAGAUGCAAGUGCUUGCAGCCAAUCCAGAAUUAUACCCAAUCUUAGCAGAACAAACACGUCCCAUAUCACUAUUAUUAGGUUUAUUGGCUCAUGAAAAUACAGAUAUUAGUUUAUCUGUUAUUGAUUUGUUGCAUGAAUUACUUGAAUCUAGUUGUUUACAAGAAGCUGGAUUAGACAAAGUUAAUCAAUUUUUAGAAGUUUUGUUUUCUGGACAAUUGAUACAAUCACUUAUACAGAAUAUUUCACGUUUAGAUGAGACGAAGAAAGAUGAAGCUGACGGUGUGCAUAAAACACUUGGAAUUGUUGAAAGUUUACUAGAAAUUCGUCCAGAUAUGAAUGUGACAAUGGCAAAUCAAGGUUUAUUUGCAUGGCUUCUACGACGUUUACAAAAACGUCCAGUAUUUGACAAAAAUAAAUUAUACGUUAGUGAGCUAUUAUCAAUCUUAUUACAAAUGGAUGAAGCUAAUCGUCGUCAAUUAGGUGAAGUAGACGGUAUUGAUAUAUUGUUGCAACAAUUAUCUGUUUAUAAACGACAUGAUCCUGGAAGUCAAGAAGAAAUUGAAUUAAUGCUUAAUUUAUUCGAUUGUCUUUGUAGUUCACUAAUGUUGCCUGAGAAUAAAGAUAGAUUUUUAAAAGGUGAAGGUAUACAGCUAAUGAAUUUAAUGCUUCGUGAAAAACACAUGUCUCGCGACAGUGCUCUACGUGUUCUUGAUUAUACUUUAUGUCCAGUUUCACAAUUAAUGGAUCAAAAUACCAAUGAAUUACAAUCACAUCAAAAGUCUACUAUCAAUACGGUGGACCCUGAAGCUGUAGUUAUAGCUAACUGUUCGAAGUUCAUUGAAAUUUUAGGUUUACGAACUAUUUUCCCAUUAUUUAUGCAUUGUCCACGUGAACAUGCACUUCGAUCAACUUCGUCUGGAUCAAAAACCAAGGUGAAAGUUAUUAGUGGUCCUACUGCAGCUGAAAUGGAAGAACAUGUAAUUAAGUAA